AUGGUUGCCCUAACAUCGGCUGCGGGUGUUAUAUCGUUGCUCGACGAAACUGAGGAUGAGCUGAAAGUGUACGCGUUGAAGAAGCUGGACGGGAUUGUAGAUCAGUUCUGGGCCGAAAUCUCAGAUGCUGUCUCUAAAAUCGAAAUCCUCUACGAGGAUGAGCAAUUUCGAUAUCGCGAACUUGCGGCAUUGGUUGCAUCAAAGGUGUACUACCAUCUCGGUGAAUUUGACGAGUCCCUCACUUUCGCACUGGGGGCAGGCAAGCUCUUUGAUUUGAACGCCAAGUCCGAAUACGUGGAGACUAUUAUCGCAAAAUGCAUCGAUAAAUACAUUGCACAGAGGGUUGAGCAACACGAUAACACUGCUGAAGCAUUAACCAUCGAUCGGCGUCUCGAGGAUAUAGUUCAACGAAUGUUCCAACGGUGUUAUGAUGAUGGAGAAUACAAACAGGCUAUCGGCAUUGCCUUGGAAACAAAUCGACUGGACGUUCUCGAGGAAACCGUGUUGAAAGGAGAUGCACAGGCCCUCCUUUCCUACCUUCUGGAUGCGGCCAUGACAAUCGUACAGAACCUUCACUUCCGCAAUGAGGUUCUUCGUUUGUUAGUAAAGCUCUAUCGAAACCUCCCCGAACCCGACUAUAUCUCCAUCAGCCAAUGCCUCCUUCACCUAAAUGAUCCUGCUGCAUGUGGGGAUCUUCUUCAGACACUGGCAAACAAUGACGAGACGCACAAGUUAAUAGCGUACCAAAUCGCCUUCGAUUUGGAGGAGAAUGCUACACAAGAUUUCUUGCAAAAAGUUGUAGCAGCUCUACCAGCUGCGGCUGAAGGGACGCAGGAUUCUAUGGAAACCGAUGAAGAAAAACAGCCUUUGCUCAAGGAGGAACCUCUUCCAAAUGCGGAGUGCUUCAACAAAAUACGCCAUAUCCUAUCUGGCGAACUGUCAAUCCGGUUAUAUUUGGAAUUCUUAGUGCGUAAUAACCACACUGACCUGCUGAUACUGAAAAACUCCAAGGAUGCACUAGAAUCCCGAAAUUCUGUCUAUCAUUCAGCAAUCACUUUUGCAAAUGCGUUCAUGAGUGCCGGGACAACCAGCGACGAAUUCUUGCGCCAAAAUCUAGAAUGGCUUUCCCGUGCGACCAACUGGACAAAAUUUAGCGCCACAGCCGCGCUAGGUGUAAUUCACAAGGGUCAACUUGCCCAAGGAAUGGCGUUGUUGGCGCCAUAUUUACCGAAGGAAGGGGUUAGUGGAUCAUCAUACUCGGAAGGAGGCGCGCUCUUCGCGAUGGGCUUAAUUCACACGAACCACGGUACCGGCGUAAUCGAGUACCUGCGAAAUGCGUUGAAAAAUACACAAACGGAGGUUGUUCAACAUGGUGCAGCCCUCGGAUUGGGUGUGGCGGGUAUGGCAACGGCCAAUGACGAAAUCUAUGAGGAUCUGAAAAAUGUUCUGGGAGGCGCUGGGCUUGCUAUGGGCUUGGUCAUGCUUGGAACUGCAUCAUCAAGGGCGAUUGAAGAGAUGUUGCAGUACGCACAUGAGACGCAACAUGAAAAAAUCAUCCGUGGGUUGGCGAUUGGUAUCUCCAUGAUCAUGUACGGUCGUGAAGAGGAGGCAGAUGCUCUGAUUGAGCAGUUGGGUACCGAUAAGGAUCCAAUUCUUCGGUACGGUGGAAUCUACACUGUGGCGAUGGCAUACAGUGGUACUGGAAACAAUAAAGCGAUCCGGCGUCUGCUGCACGUGGCCGUGAGUGACGUGAACGACGAUGUCCGUCGGGCUGCUGUGACAGCGCUGGGCUUCUUGCUGUUCCGCACGCCCAAACAAGUACCCCGCGUAGUACAACUUCUUUCCGAGAGUUACAACCCGCACGUCCGAUACGGUGCCACUUUGGCGCUCGGCAUCUCAUGCGCUGGUACAGGAUUGAAGGAAGCUCUCGAUUUGCUGGAACCAAUGACAAAAGACACUGUCGAUUACGUUCGACAAGGUGCCCUUAUUGCGUCGGCCAUGAUUCUAGUGCAACAGAAUGAUGUUACGAGCUCAAAGGUUACGCCAACCCGAAAGCAAUUUGAAUCGAUCAUUGGCGACAAGCAUGAAGACGCCAUGGCAAAGUUUGGUGCAGUCUUGGGACAGGGAAUCAUUGAUGCUGGUGGACGAAAUGUCACUAUUUCCCUGCAAUCUUUGUCCGGACAUGCAAACAUGUCCGCCAUCGUGGGGAUGGCCGUAUUCACCCAAUUCUGGUACUGGUAUCCGCUGACUCACUUCUUGAGUUUGGCAUUCACGCCCACAGCCAUUAUUGGGUUGAAUAAAGACUUGAAAAUACCCAAAUUUGACUUCAUCUCCAACGCCAAACCUUCCUUGUUUGCAUACCCACCACCUACCAAGCCUCCAACGGAGGAAAAGGUGGAGAAAGUUGCAACGGCGGUGUUGUCAACCACAGCAAAGGCUAUCGCAAGAGCAAAGAAGAUUGACCAGCAGCGACGGGAGAGCAGCAAAGGCCUAGAGGCCAUGGAUACGGAUGAAAAAGAGCCUGAGACACCGACGGCGAAAGAGCCGGAAGGAAAAGAUAAGGAGGAAAAGAAAGAGGAGGGUCAGCCAGAAAAGAAGAAGAAAAAGAAGGAAGACAACUCUGAAGUUCUUGAGAAUAUGGCGCGCGUUGUUCCGGCACAAGUCAAAUACAUUAAAUUUAAGGAAGAUAGUCGCUAUGUACCCGUCAAGAAGGCGUCAGUUGGAGGCAUAAUGUUGAUGCAAGACCGGAGAUCUGGCGAGCAGGAAGAGAUUAUAGAGCUCAAGGAUUUGUCCCUUUCCGGUGCAGCAACAGCAGAGGAGGAAGCGGAACCUGGACCACCCGAACCAUUUGAGUAUCCAGCAGAUGACUGA